CCAAAUGAUUUCUUCCUGGUUGCAGAUUACGCAAAAAUGCGGUUCUACGUGAGUCGAAUGCCCAAGGAUCGAAGAAGGUCGCGCGGACAAGGUCGAUUCGCGUGUGACAAUUGCGAUCGACGUUACCAUCAAAUGAAGAAUCUCCGGCGACACAUGAUAAACGAAUGCGUGGAGUGCCAGUAUCCUGUGAUUUCGGUGUUCAAGCAUACCUGUACCACCUGCGGCAAAACGUACAAACACAAGCAUCAUUUGAAGAGGCAUCACGAUUUCGAGUGCGGCAUCGAUCCAAAGUUCAAAUGCGCCUUUUGUUCGCACAGGACUCGGUACAAGGACAGUCUGAUUAAGCACAUACUGGCGAGACAUCGGCUAUUUCUCGAUCAGAAUCCACGCUACAGAUUGCAACAGGUGAACGCCCUUGCCGAUGUCGAGGAUACACAGAAUUACAGCUCGUCUAAUUGGACAGUGCUGACAUUGCCAACGAUGUCGACAAUACCGAGCAAUCCAGUCACCUGUACUAGGCAUCUCCGUUCCAUGACGCUGAAGGGCGAUCAAGACAAGAUGCGCAGAUAUGGUCCACGAAAGUAUCUCUGCACCGAUUGUAAUCGUUGCUUUGCCUUAAUGGCCUCGUUGAAACGCCACAGAAGCUUCGAGUGUAACUUGCUGUCGACCGUUAUGGGAAAGGCCGAGCAGGAAAGAAGACGAAAGAAAAAGCAUACCUGCCCUAAUUGCAGUCGUAGCUACCAGUUGUGCACGUCACUUUGGAGACAUCGGAACUACGAGUGCGGCGUCGAGCCCAAAUUCAGUUGUCCCAUUUGCAAGAUCAAGUUCUCUCAAAAGACCAACCUCAAUCGACACGUUAGAACGAAACAUUGAACGUCGUCGUUGAUUUUGCUUUCGUCUCGUACGUAAAGAUUUGAAAAAUGUAAAAA